CCCCACUACCUCUGGCCACAGAAUCCGAUAUUGAAGCUACGCCCCUCCUAAGAAGUUGGACUCAGGCUUUGGCCGGAGGAGCAGCCAAUCAUCAUCGGAGACUUGUCAGAGGGGCGGUGCUGCAGCCUCUGCCGGGUCCCCUCGCGAUGGGUAGAGGCGCGCUCACAAGGCAAGCGGCACAGCUGAGGGCCUCCAAUAUCCGAUUUCUUGUACUCCCACCACGACCUCCCUAGCACCCGGGGAUUGAGUCUGUGAAGUCACCUUCUCGUUGGGUGUCUUCUGCUUCGUGGUGCGGGAGCCGCUCAGGGAGUGGGGGGAGGGAUGCGCCGUUGAGCCGCUCUUGCCUCUCCCUGACCUUGUCUGCCUCUCGCCCCCGGGGAGAUUAGUGUCCAGGUUACCCCACCAUGCUGCCACCCCCGGUGGCCUUGCCGCCCCCACAGCCUGCAGGUAUAAGACUAGGUGAACACAGCAGGGGAGGCACCAAGGAUGGAGAUGCUCCAGGGACUGCUGCUGUGGCUGCUGCUGGGCGUGGCCGGGGUGUGGGCUUCCAGGGGGCCACUGCGGCCGCUGUGCCAGCCCAUCAACGCCACCCUGGCGGCUGAGAAGGAGGCCUGCCCUGUCUGUAUCACUUUCACCACCAGCAUCUGCGCCGGCUACUGCCCCAGCAUGAAGCGGGUGCUGCCUGUCAUCCUGCCGCCCAUGCCCCAGCGGGUGUGCACCUACCACGAGCUGCGCUUUGCCUCCGUUCGGCUCCCCGGCUGCCCACCUGGCGUGGACCCAAUGGUCUCUUUCCCCGUGGCCCUCAGCUGUCACUGUGGGCCCUGCCGCCUCAGCAGCACUGACUGCGGGGGUCCCAGAACCCAACCCUUGGCCUGUGACCACCCCCCGCUCCCAGACAUCCUCUUCCUCUAAGGAUGCCCCACUUCAACCUCCCAUGCCCACCCUAACUCCCAAAGCCAGCAGACGGUCCUCCCCUCCCUUCCCAAUAAAGACUUCUCAAACUGCA